AUGGAUCUCCUGGCCUCUGAGUCUAGUGAAGAUGAGAAAGUUGCCUUUAAAAUAAAUGAUAACUACGCGAAGCAUUAUGAGAAAUGGCGUAAGAAGGAGGAGCGUCAAAAGCUGAUUGACAGAUAUGGGGAGGUUGAUUCUUCAGACUCCUCAUCAGAGGAAGCAGAAAUUCGUUCCACUCCUCAAAUGGACAAAGAUUGGCUUCGAGCGUAUGCUGUUGUCAGAUUUCAGCAGCCUCGGCUGUACAAGAAAGGGGAAAAGUUCUUCCAUGAUGAGGCUAAACCGGUUGUGAAACAUAAGGAGAAAGCUACCACAUUAAAAGAUCAUGAGCGCAAGUUUAUCCUGGAGAAAGGAGGAAUUGAGAGUGAUGAAGAAGGAAAACCUGACGAACCAAAAGGGAAAAGUUACUUUGAGGAGCAGGAGGAGAUAAAGAAAAGCUUCAAAGCUGUUUUAGAAGACUCCAGUGAUGAGGAUAGUGCUGAGGGAGACAGUGGACUGCUGGUGAAGAAACAGAAAACAGCUGAAGAACAGAAAAGGGAGGAAAAUGAGUAUUUGGAGUGGAUUAAAGGAGAGAGAGCGGAAUUAGAGGACAAAGAAGCUGCAGCUGAACUAGCACCACUGAAGGAGUAUUGGAGCAACCCUAAUUUGACUGAGAAAGAAAGGGUUCUCAGAGACUACAUUCUCAACAAUGGUUACAUGGACCAAGAAGACAGUGAUGAAGAAUCCGUAGAGGACACUGACGAUGUGGCACCAAGUUUUGAUGUCGAGGAAGAGUUUCUUGAAAAGGCUGAAGAAUACGAGCAUAAAUAUAAUUUUCGGCACGAGGAGCCUGGCGGGGAUGAGAUAAAGAGUUAUCCUCGGGUUAUUGAGACAUCUGUGAGAACCAAGGACACAAGGCGAGCUGACAAGCGUAAGAGGAAACUCGAAAAGAAGAAAAUGGACAGAGAGCAGAGGAAGGAGGAGAUCAAGUUGCUGCAGAAACUACAGAGAGAGGAGAAGCAGGAGAAGCUGGAAGCCCUGAGAAAGAUUGCCAACAAUCCUGAUCUGGAGUAUGAUUUAGAGGCUGACUUUGACCCUGAUGAGCAUAAUAAAAUCAUGCAGAAGUUCUUCAAUGAGAACUACUAUGGAGACGAUGAGGGUGCUGAUGAAAAGCCUACAUUUGAAUAUGAUCCUGCCGUUGAUGAUGAACCAGACGAUUGGUGGCAGGACCGUCUCGAUGAGGAAGGUAAUGAUGUUGUAGAUGAUGCUGUACUUGACUCUAGUCCUAAGGACAAGAAAAAGAAUUUGAAAUCUAUGGUCGAAGAUUCAGGAGGAGAUCCUGAAGAUGUGCCGUACGCUGACGACCCUAACUUCAUUAUGGAUGCUGACUAUGACCCUACCAAAGACUACAGAGCUGAGAAAAAGAAAAAUAAGAAAUCUAACAAGAAAGUGACCCAGAAACUGCCAUUGUUUGACCCAACAACAAAGACAUUUGAUGAGUACAUUGAUGAAUACCUGAAAGACAAAAUUGACAAGCUGCCGUUCACUUACAGAGAAGUAGUGCCAAAUGACUUUGGUCUCAGCACAGAUGAGAUUUUGAAAGCAAAUGAGAAAGAGUUAAAUUCUUGGGUGUCAAUAAAAAAAAUGAGUGUGUAUAAAGGGAUUACCCAAAAAGGGGUUCUAAAAAAUCCCCAGAAAAGGCCAAGAAAAAGAAGGGGAGUAAAGAAAAAGAAGAAACACAAGAAUGUUGGCAUAGACAAUAAGGAAGAUGCAUUAAGUGGGGAGAUGAUAGCACCGUUGCAAAAUAAGAGCCAAACAAAGCAGUUAACGGCAAAUGGUGAUAGCAGAAUAAAAAAUUCUUCUGCUGUUAAGGAAAAGAAGAAAAAGAAAAUCAAGAAGCUGAAACAAAAUGUACAAAUGAGUCACGGGACAACAAACUCUAGUGAUAGUAAGAAAUUAAAUAAGCAGCAUAAGAAGAAAAAGAUGUCAAUUAGUAACUUUGGUUCUAAAAGUAGCAUGGAGAAUGGCCCACAACAGGUGGACAAGAAACAGCUAGCAAAGCAGUUACAGAAGGUGAUGUCUGUAUCUAGAUUGAGCAAGUAUGGUAUAGGGCCUAACGCGGUGAAAAUGGCAGGUAAGAAAAAGAGGAAGAAGAAAAAGAUGCAGGUUGAAGAGUCAUAA